AUGCUACAACAGCUUUAUCUCUGGAAACUGUUAGCUUCAGGGACUGUUCUCACAGCGUUCUUCACAAUCUGCUUCGGCCAGUAUGACGACGACUGCAAACUAGCUAGGGGAGGACCACCAGCCACCAUAGUUGCUAUCGAUGAAGAGAGUCGGAAUGGUACAAUUCUGGUGGAUAACAUGCUGAUCAAAGGGACUGCUGGAGGACCAGACCCCACCAUCGAACUUUCCUUAAAGGAUAAUGUGGAUUACUGGGUGUUGCUGGACCCUGUGAGGCAAAUGCUCUUUCUGAACAGCACGGGCCGAGUUCUGGAUAGAGACCCCCCGAUGAACAUACACUCCAUCGUGGUGCAAGUCCAGUGCAUCAACAAGAAGGUGGGCACUGUGAUCUACCAUGAAGUUCGAAUCGUGGUGAGGGACAGGAACGACAACUCACCCACGUUCAAGCACGAGAGCUACUACGCCACCGUGAACGAGCUCACUCCAGUUGGCACCACGAUAUUUACAGGAUUUUCAGGAGACAAUGGAGCUACAGACAUAGAUGAUGGACCGAAUGGACAGAUAGAAUAUGUUAUCCAAUAUAACCCUGAUGAUCCGACAUCCAAUGACACCUUCGAAAUUCCCCUCAUGUUGUCUGGAAACGUGGUGUUAAGGAAGAGACUCAACUAUGAAGAUAAGACCCGGUAUUUUGUCAUCAUCCAAGCUAAUGACCGUGCACAAAAUCUGAAUGAGCGGCGAACCACCACCACCACCCUCACAGUGGACAUUCUGGAUGGAGAUGACUUGGGUCCCAUGUUUCUUCCUUGUGUUCUGGUGCCAAACACACGUGAUUGCCGCCCGCUCACCUACCAAGCUGUGAUCCCUGAAUUGAGAACUCCGGAAGAACUGAACCCCAUCAUUGUUACCCCGCCCAUCCAAGCUGUUGACCAGGACCGGAAUAUCCAGCCACCAUCAGAUAGGCCAGGCAUCCUCUACUCCAUCCUUGUUGGGACUCCUGAGGAUUACCCACGAUUUUUCCAUAUGCAUCCUAGGACUGCAGAACUUAGCCUCUUGGAACCAGUAAACAGAGACUUCCACCAGAAAUUUGAUUUGGUUAUUAAGGCUGAACAGGACAAUGGCCAUCCUCUGCCUGCCUUUGCCAGUCUCCAUAUUGAAAUCCUGGAUGAAAACAAUCAGAGUCCGUAUUUCACAAUGCCCAGUUACCAAGGCUAUAUCCUGGAAUCUGCCCCUGUGGGAGCAACCAUCUCUGACAGUCUGAACUUGACCUCCCCUCUGAGAAUCAUGGUUCUGGACAAGGAUAUAGAAGAUACGAAAGACCCAGAGCUUCACCUUUUCCUGAAUGAUUACACCUCAGUCUUCACCGUUACACAAACUGGCAUCACUCGCUACCUCACCUUACUUCAGCCAGUGGACAGGGAAGAACAGCAGACUUACACUUUUUCGAUAACGGCAUUCGAUGGUGUGCAAGAAAGCGAGCCAGUUACUGUCAAUAUUUGGGUGAUGGAUGCAAACGAUAACACUCCAACCUUUCCUGAAAUAUCGUACAAUAUCUAUGUGUAUACAGACAUGAGCCCCGGCGACAGCGUCAUUCAGCUCACAGCCGUGGAUGCAGACGAAGGGUCCAACGGGGAGAUCACGUACGAAAUCCUGGUGGGCGCUCAGGGAGACUUCGUCAUCAACCACACCACAGGGCUCAUCACCAUCGCCCCGGGGGUGGCGCUGACCGUGGGGCGCACCUAUGCCCUCACGGUCCAGGCCGCGGAUAAUGCACCUCCUGCGGAAAGAAGACACUCCAUCUGCACAGUGUAUAUUGAAGUGCUUCCUCCAAAUAAUCAAAGCCCUCCCCGCUUCCCACAGCUGAUGUACAGCCUUGAAAUCAGUGAAGCCAUGAGGAUCGGCGCUGUUUUAUUAAAUCUACAGGCAACUGAUCGAGAGGGAGACCCAAUAACAUACGCCAUUGAGAAUGGAGAUCCUCAACGAGUUUUUAAUCUUUCAGAAACUACUGGGAUUCUAACCUUAGGGAAAGCCCUGGACAGGGAGAGCACCGAUCGCUACAUUCUGAUCAUCACUGCUUCGGACGGCAGGCCUGAUGGGACCUCCACGGCUACCGUGAAUGUGGUGGUGACAGAUGUCAAUGACAAUGCACCCGUGUUUGAUCCCUACCUGUCUAGAAAUCUGUCUGUGGUGGAGGAAGAAGCCAAUGCCUUUGUGGGUCAAGUACGGGCAACAGACCCUGAUGCUGGUAUAAACGGCCAAGUGCACUACAGUUUGGGCAACUUCAAUAACCUCUUUCGCAUCACAUCCAAUGGGAGCAUUUACACAGCAGUGAAGCUUAACAGAGAGGUCAGGGACUACUACGAGCUUGUUGUUGUAGCCACAGAUGGAGCCGUGCAUCCCCGCCACUCGACGCUCACACUAGCCAUCAAAGUUUUGGAUAUUGAUGAUAACAGCCCCGUGUUCACCAAUUCAACAUACACUGUCGUCGUGGAGGAGAAUCUGCCAGCUGGGACCACCUUCCUCCAGAUAGAGGCCAAGGAUGUUGACCUUGGAGCAAAUGUGUCUUAUCGGAUCCGAAGCCCGGAAGUAAAGCACUUUUUUGCACUACAUCCAUUUACAGGAGAACUCUCCCUUUUAAGGAGUUUGGACUAUGAGUCAUUUCCAGAGCAGGAAGCAAGCAUCACAUUUCUCGUGGAGGCCUUUGAUAUUUAUGGAAUGAUGCCACCUGGCAUUGCUACGGUCACAGUGAUAGUAAAGGAUAUGAAUGAUUAUCCACCUGUAUUUAGUAAACGGAUCUACAAGGGGAUGGUGGCUCCAGACGCCGUCAAGGGCACACCCAUCACGACCGUUUAUGCUGAAGAUGCAGACCCCCCUGGAUUGCCCGCAAGUCGUGUGAGGUACAGAGUAGAUGAUGCCCAGUUUCCUUAUCCUGCCAGUAUUUUUGACGUAGAAGAAGAUUCUGGAAGAGUAAUAACUCGAGUCAAUCUUAACGAAGAGCCUACAACAAUUUUUAAGUUGGUAGUUGUUGCUUUUGAUGAGGGUGAACCUGUGAUGUCCAGCAGCGCCACAGUGAAAAUUCUCGUCUUACAUCCUGGAGAAAUUCCACGCUUCACGCAAGAGGAAUAUAGACCCCCUCCAGUGAGUGAACUUGCAACCAGAGGGACUAUUGUUGGCGUGAUUUCUGCAGCGGCCAUCAACCAGAGUAUUGUGUACUCCAUAGUUUCAGGAAAUGAAGAAGAUAUGUUUGGAAUUAACAACAUCACAGGUGUUAUCUAUGUGAAUGCCCCCCUGGAUUAUGAGACCAGGACAAGCUACGUGCUUCGAGUCCAGGCUGAUUCCCUAGAAGUGGUUCUUGCCAAUCUCCGAGUCCCUUCAAAAAGCAAUACGGCUAAAGUGUAUAUUGAGAUUCAGGAUGAAAAUGAUCAUCCCCCAGUGUUUCAGAAAAAAUUCUACAUUGGAGGUAUAUCUGAAGAUGCAAGAAUGUUUACUUCUGUGCUCAGAGUUAAGGCUACAGACAAAGAUACUGGCAAUUACAGCGCCAUGGCAUACCGACUCAUCAUUCCACCCAUUAAAGAGGGAAAAGAAGGAUUUGUGGUGGAAACCUAUACAGGGCUCAUCAAAACUGCUAUGCUCUUUCACAAUAUGAGAAGGUCCUACUUCAAGUUCCAAGUCAUCGCAACUGAUAACUAUGGACAGGGACUGAGCGGCAAAGCAGAUGUCCUGGUUUCUGUGGUCAAUCAGCUGGACAUGCAGGUCAUCGUUUCCAAUGUGCCCCCGACUCUGGUAGAAAAGAAGAUAGAAGAUCUUACAGAGAUUUUGGAUCGCUAUGUUCAGGAGCAAAUUCCCGGUGCCAAGGUGGUGGUGGAGUCCAUUGGUGCUCGAAGGCAUGGGGAUGCCUUUUCUCUGGAAGAUUACACCAAAUGUGACCUGACUGUCUACGCCAUCGACCCCCAGACCAACCGAGCCAUCGACAGAAAUGAACUUUUUAAGUUUCUGGAUGGCAAACUGCUUGAUAUCAACAAAGACUUCCAACCGCAUUAUGGGGAAGGAGGACGCAUUUUGGAGAUCCGGACCCCGGAGGCAGUGACCAGCAUUAAAAAGCGAGGAGAAAGUCUGGGCUACACGGAGGGGGCCUUGCUGGCGCUUGCCUUCAUCAUCAUUCUCUGCUGUAUCCCUGCCAUUCUGGUCGUUCUGGUCAGCUACAGACAGUUUAAAGUCCGCCAAGCUGAGUGCACCAAGACUGCACGAAUCCAGUCCGCAUUACCCGCGACCAAGCCUGCUGUACCCACGCCCGCACCUGUGGCCGCACCCCCGCCGCCCCCGCCUCCCCCUGGGGCACACCUGUAUGAAGAGCUGGGGGACAGCACCAUGAGAGUUUAUGCAUCAGAGCAACAGCAACUGCUGAGGCCUUCUCUUCUUAAACCAGAGGAGUUAUCCAUGGAGUCUGGAAUUGAUCCUGGCCAGGAAUACGGACAAGAUUAUUACAGUUAUGAGCAUGGGUAUGAAAUGCCUCAGUAUGGAAGCCGUCGCCGUCUGUUACCACCGGCUGGACCAGAGGAGUAUGGGGAGGUAGUUGGUGAAGCCGAGGAGGAGUAUGAGGAGGAAGAGUGGGCGAGAAAAGGAAUGAUCAAGUUAGUUGUGGAUCGCGAGUACGAAACGAGCUCCACUGGCGAAGACAGUGCUCCGGAAUGUCAGAGGAACCGUCUUCACCAUCCCAGCACACACAGUAACAUCAACGGCAACAUCUACAUUGCCCAGAACGGGUCCGUGGUGAGAACCCGCCGUGCCUGCCUCACUGAUACCUUAAAAGCGACUUCCCCUGGGCGCCUGGGGAGGCACUUUAAGAAACUUGACAAGCUGGCAGUGACACAGGAGGAGAGUGUUCCCCUGAACACGUUAUCAAAGGGGCCAUUCCCUACUGAGAAGAUGCACACGAGACCGACUCUGGUUACGUUUGCCCCUUGCCCUGUGGGGACCAACGGUACCUCAGGGAAGCCACUGGGGCCCAGGCUGAAAAGCACAGUUGAACAGGAGUCCAUGGUUGACAGGAAGAACAUCAAGGAGACUUUGGAAUUCCAGAGUGACCACACGCACUCAGACGAUGAGGAGCUUUGGAUGGGCCCCUGGAACAACCUCCAUAUACCAAUGACGAAACUGUGA